UGUUUAACAUCCCCUGGGGGAAACAUGGACAUUGGUAUGGAAGUCUCAGAAGACACUUAAGUCACCAGUUGGAAAGUGAAAAUGAAAACAGGGAAAUUUUAGAGAAUCAAAAAAUGAUGAAAGGAACAACAUCCCACCAAAUAAAUACAGGGACAUGGAAGGCAUGCACAGUAGACCGCAGACAUCUAACAAGCUACAAGAACUCUGGCAUAAGCCGUGUGAAACGUUAUCAUCAUGGCUACCAAGUCUCAAGGAUUCCUGUGGCAGAUUUGCCUGGUACUGCUGUUCUCCGCUGGAGUCAUGUCGCUGGACUGUAACCUGCUUCGUCACCAGCAAAACAAAUUUAACAGGUACAGUCUACAACUGCUGCAAAACAUGGGUGGGAAGUUUCCUUUGGAGUGUCUGGAAGACAAGACAGCCUUCCAGUUUCCUGAGAAGGUUCUGAAGCCCAAAUUUCAACAACAUGCCAAGAUGGCCAUCCAUGAAAUUCUCCAGCAGCUCUUCGGCAUCUUCAGCGGGAACCUGACCCAAACUGGCUGGGAAAGAAGAAACGUGGCGAGGUUCCUAAAUGGGCUCGCUCUGCAGACGGAACGCCUCGAGACAUGCCUACCUACAAAGGCCGGGGCCAACAUUCUGAGACUGAAGAAAUACUUCCAGAGGAUCCAAGAUUUUCUUAAGGAGAAGAAAUACAGCACCUGUGCCUGGGAGAUUGUCAGAGAGGAAGGGCAGAGGUGUUUUCAAUAUAUUGACAAGCUCACAGUUAGGAUGAAAAAGUAG